AUGGCUGUCCUCUUUAAGAGCAGCCUUCUGGCCGCUCUCACAUUUUCUGACAUCGCAGCCGCAGGGCCGAAAUCCCCCUCCCAACCAAGGAACCUCGCCACCCCUCACGCGGUCACGAACUCGUCAGGUGCCGUAUCACUCAGCAUCUUGACCGAAACUGGGACCAAGAAUGCCACCGCACCGCUUCUGUACGGGUGGAUGUUCGAGGACAUCAAUCAUUCUGGAGAUGGGGGCCUGUACGGAGAGCUGUUGGCGAACCGAGCAUUCGAAGGAUCAGACGUCUCGUUCGGAACGGUCAGUGGCUUCCUCGGCAACACCAUCACCUACCAGGAGAACAAGUGCAAUGCAGCAGGACCGGUCAUCACCGGAUAUAAACCAGUGGGAAACACCACCAUCCGCCUAGACAAUUUCCGCCCGCUGUCGCACUCGCACCAAACAGUCCUGGCUCUUGAUAUCCCAACCACCGUCACUGCGGACUCGGGACCUGUUGGUUUCGCCAAUGUCGGCUGGUGGGGAAUCCCCGUCUCUCCACAGACCUACAACGUCUCUUUCUUCAUCUACCCAAAUCAGUUCCGCAACCAGUAUAACCCAAAGACCGAGAUCACAGUAUCUCUGCAGUCUAAUAUCACAGGCGAGAUCUGGGCCUCGACCGUCAUCCCUGCACAGUCGUGGAAUCUCGUGAACUACACUUACGUUGAGGCUCAAAUUGUGAGUACGGUCAGCGCUCCGGAUUCGAACAAUUCGCUGGCGAUUACAUUUGAUCCGUUGGCUGCCGCCGGACAGACGUACUUCUUCAGCCAGAUCAGUCUGUUUGGGGAGACAUUCAAGGGGUACAAGAAUGGGCUCAGGAAGGAUCUUGCUCAGCAUAUCUACGACCUCAAUCCAAGGUUCCUGAGGUGGCCUGGGGGAAACAAUAUCGAAGGAUACUCGAUCAUGCGGAGAUGGAAGUGGUGGGAGACGAUUGGACCUCUCGAGGAUCGAUGGCCCAGACCUGGAAACUGGUUGUACUCCAACACAAACGGUCUUGGGCUCCUCGAAUUUCUCGAGUGGUCCGAAUCCAUGGAGAUGGAGAACGUCCUCAGCAUCUACGCGGGCUACUCCCUCGGAGACGCCAACCAGGUCAACGCGGACGAGUACCCCGGCACAGCAGAAGCCAUGUAUCCACUGCUCAAAGAAGCCCUCGACGAACUCGAGUUCUGCAUGGGCUCUGUCGAUACCUACUGGGGCGCCAAGCGCGCGGAAUACGGCCACCCCGAGCCCUUCGUGAUCCAGUAUGUUGAAAUAGGCAACGAAGACUGGUUCGCCAAGGGCUACCCGUUCCGCUUCAAAUACCUCUACGACGGCCUGAAAGCCGCAUACCCAGACAUCACCUACAUCAGCUCCGCCUACGACGAGAACCCGAGCUACACAAUCGACCUGCCCCCCGGGACAAUGUGGGACACGCACCAAUACAAAGAGCCGCAUUUCUUCGUCGAAUCGUUCGACUUCUUUGACAACUGGCAGGAGCGCACCGGCAACCCCAACGUCACGAUUCUGAUCGGCGAGUACUCCGUCUACUCGAUCGAUACGCCUUCUGGCGAGGUCGACUGGUCCAAUCCACCCGACGAGAAGAUCAUGUAUCCGAGGAUGGUGUCGGCGGUGUCGGAGGGUGUGUAUUUGCUUGGUGCAGAGCGGAAUCCGAACGUGGUCAAGAUGAGCACGUAUGCGCCGACGCUGCAGAACUGGAACUGGUAUAACUGGACGCCGAACUUGAUUGCGUUUGAUGCCGACCCGAGCCACACGGUGCUGAGCACGAGUUAUUACCUGCAGAAGCUCUUCAAUGCGUAUCGUGGGACGGAGAGCGUUGAAGUGAGUAACUCGGUGGGUGACUUCGGGCCGUUGUACUGGGCGAGCUCGAUGGAAGAGGGGAAGGUCUUCCUGAAGGUCAUUAAUAUCAACUCGACUGUGGUACCUCUGACUGUUGAUUUGGAGACACGCUGGACGUCCGUUAAUGGCACGAUCAUGUCGAACGCGGAUCCGAAUGGCUUUAACUACAAGGAUAACGCGACAGCGAUUACCCCACUCCCUUUAAAUUUGACAAGUUUGGCGCCGGGUAAGGAUGGAAGCUGGACCUGGAACGUACCCGCCUAUUCUAUCACGGUCCUGCAAUUCAAUAUGUGA